AUGUCUGCUCUCCGAUCACUCGUCUCCUCCACAACUGCCAAGGCUAUUCGCCCCAGCUCGCUCCUCGUACCAUCACAGCGCUUGUCUGCACACCCGACUGGUCGCCAUAUCUCUGCACCGUUGAUCUCUGCCAGAUACGAAUCUCAGAGUGCUUUCGGCAAAUUCGUCGAGACGCUAAAGGAGCAGAUCAAGAAGAACAAGGAGCUGCAGGAGUCCGUCAGGAAAUUGCAGGACGAGACCGGGAAGGUCGGAGAGAGUGAUGCUUUGAAGAAGGCAAAGGAUGCCUUUGAGAAGGCUAAGGACGGCGCUGCCUCAGCUGGCGUUGCAACAGAAAAGUUGAAGCAGACGGCAGAGCAGUUGAAGAAAGCUACAGGAAAGAUAGGAGAGACUGUCAGCGAAACAUGGAAGGGAGCUGCUGAGAACGAGUUCGUUAAGGGAUCCAAGGAGAAGACCGGAAAGGUGUUUGCCGAGACCAUGGACUCUACUACAAAGCCCAUCCGUGACAACGAAUACUUCAAGAACGUUAAGGAGUCAGUAGAGACUGUCAUCCAGGACACAGAGUCCAGAUAUGGAGGAUACAUCUCCAAGGCUGCUCGUCGUCGUGCUCGUGGACUGGAUGUUAACUAUUCUGCAAAGGAUGCUAAGAAGGCCGCUCAGGCAGCUGUCCCAGAAACGAAGGAAGAUGUCAAUGCUGGUGAGUCCAUGGUUCUCCACAAGGACUCUGCAUGGAAGGAGUCCUGGAGCAAAUUCAAGGAAACGAACCCUGUUGUCCAGGGCGUCUUUAACAUGAAGAAGAGCUAUGAGGACAGUGAUAAUGUCUUCGUUGCCUGGGCUCGCGUGGUCACUGACAAGAUCUCGGACGUCUGGGUAUCUAUGCUGGACGAGACUGAGAACGCCAAGACUAUCAAAGCUCUUCAGAUGAUCGACCCUUCAUUCAAGAUGGAUGCCUUUAUGAAGGAAUGUCGCGAAUUUAUCAUUCCCGAGAUCAUGGAUGCCGUUCUCAAUACGGAUUCUGAGACCUUGAACGAGUGGUGCUCGGAGGCGACUUAUAACGUCUUGACGGCCGGGUUCCAGAACCAGAUCGCUCAGGGGCUCGUUAGCGACUGCAAAAUCUUGGAGCUUCGUAAUGUCGAGUUGGUGUCCGCCAAGGUUCUGGAAAACGAUGUACCUGUGCUCAUCGUUUCGUUCAAUACCCAAGAGGUCACUGUUUUCCGUAAUCGUCUGACGCGCGAGGUUGUGUUUGGAAAGGAGGAUGCGAUUGAAGAGGCAACCUAUGCCUGCGUCAUGACUAUUACGCCCGAGAAUUUGAAAAACCCCUUGACCAGGGGAGUCCGCGUUAUGGAUAUGGCCAAGCAUAACAGCCGCGCCUACAUCUAA